AUGUUGAUUGAUACAACCACACGUCUAAUGCCAUUCUGUUCAUCAAAUGCUACGGAUAUUCUCUUCGGUCUAGCAUCUCAAUUGGGAUGGCAAUUCGAUUCAAAUCGAUUGUUUUCAAAUGGUACUAGAAAUAUUUCAACUGACAGUUGGUGGGGAUCGGUUAACUAUUAUUUAUCUGUGAUUUCAUUUAUUGCUGCUGCUGACGCUGGAGUUAUUCGAUAA